UGGGCCGCCCAGUUAUUGUUUUUUGAAACGGCGACUGACGAGGUCGUUUCCUUAUAGGCAGGGUUGGAAGAACUUUUAUAUUCGCGAAUUACAUUCGAGCAGAAGGUGGAAACAGGCACACACUGAGCGACCUUGAAAAGUGUUAAUUUAAGGGACAAGGGUGAAGAACCGACGAGUCCAGGAAAGUGAGUGCGGCGAAAAGAUCGAAGGAAAAUUCCAGCAAAAAGGAAGAGUGAUUAAAUCUUUAAUUAAAAGUCAAGGUCGGAGCUGAUUUUGCCGAAUCCACGGGAGACGAAGUGAUGCUGCGGAUUUUAUUGGUUCUAGCGGUCACCGCGCCGGCUCUGCUGCUGGCCGGUCGCAUCCAGCUGGUCAACCUUGAACCCGAAGAAGCUCAGCGGUACAUUACACAGCAGAGUUUAGAUCUGCGCUACGCCAAGAAGCUGGGUGAACAUCCACUCGGAUACUUCCGAAACGUUCAGGAUCCGGAAGCCAAAUUCUACCAUAAUGGACGAUUGAUCGAUAAUCCGGAAGAUUACGUUGAGGAAGCGUACGAGGCGUCCCAGUUCCAUGGGCAGGACGGUCUUGGACGGGCCAUGUUCGGUUACACCGAUCACAACCAGGCACGUCUGGAGGCUCGCAAUGCCAACGGAGAAGUUCGUGGCUCAUACCAGUACGUUGAUCCUUUCGGUCAGGAAGUUGUGGUCCAGUACUGGUCCGAUAGCUUGGGAUUCCAUCAGUUUGACAACCGUCCAGAAGUGGUGCUGGAACCAGUAACCGAAACUCCAGAAGUGCGCGAAGCCCGCAUCGCCCACUUGAAGGCUUGGGAGGAGGCUGCCCAGCUCUCACGCUCCGGAAAACCAAUCAACAGCGUCAACAACAAACCAGUUCAGAACUCCGUCGAUGAAGAAGAAGAUGAAAUUGUGGGAGCUCUAUCCAACCAACAUCAGGCUCUCGCUCGGUACCCAAGCCUACCUUACACGGAUCACAUUUCACCGAACAACGCCCCAGCUGCGUCCAACGAUGCCGUGGUUGUAGAAGCCCAGCGUAACCUCAAGAAACGCCAAAAUGAAGAAUCUGUCCAAGGAGCCACCGAUGAAGAAGAAGAACCCAAAUACGACCCAAAGGGAUUCUUCUACAGCUUCGAGUACCCAGUGUACAACAUUGUCCAGUCGGAAGCCGCUCGAGCUCGCUCGCAGAAGGUCAAGCGAUCGAACCAACCAGAAACCGAAGGAACCGUUGAAGAACCUCAACCAGUGGUCAAAGGCAGCCCCGUCGAAGACAACCGAGUAUCGCUGAAAGCCAUCCAAAACGGAGAACAGCUGGUAGCGGCAGUUCACGAUGUGCAGGUGUCCCCAAAGCAGAAACUCAACACAGAACAGUAAACCGACCACAAGCUCCAUAUCCACAAAUUUGCCAUAUUUUUUGUGUUAGUCAAAAAGCAGAGCAAAUCGAUCUCCUUCCUCGGAAAUUCCAACGAAAAAAAAAACACGAACAAACUGAAGAUGAGUGUGCACCGGGCACAAGUGUGUAAAAAUGAACAAAACAGAAAUGCAUAAGACUUGAAUAAAUUGCUUGCGAACGGGCAAGACUACUCAACGCGGAACCAGACAAUAAAGUAAUAUGAAAAAAUA